AUGGCUUUCGACAAUGAUUGGGAUGUCUACGAGGAUCAUGCAGAGCUGUAUCACUCUGGCAAGCGCCUCAUUCUGACGCCGCAUAAGUCGCCUGCACCCUUCGGCUCGUCUUUUUACCCGGAUCCGCCAAAUUUGACGUCGAAACAAAUGACUCCUACAGAUGAGGAGAGAAGCUUUUCACGUACGCAACUGGUCUUCUCUGAGUCCAACGGUCCCCUCGACUUCGACGAGACAAAGCAGAACGAUAAAAGCAGCCAGGUGCAUUUAGAGAUCCUCGACAUGGUUGAUGGUGGAUAUGGUGCUCAAUACACUGCCGGGCCCCAGAAAGUCUUGUGCAAGGUGGUCCAGACGGCCUCAGCCUCUUCUGACGACAACGAGAACAAAGCCCUUGUGCUUGGACAGCUUGUGUUCUUGAAGCUUUACGAUCCUUUGUUCUGGCCCCUGAAGGUUGAUCUUUCCGAGUGCUGCUUCAAGGUUGCCGUCCGAGCGGGCUUUGCUCAGAGCAACGAAGUCGGCGCCUACUCUCAUCUCUUCAAAGCAGGACGGGAUCCAUACAAGGCCUAUCUCUACUUCGCGAAGAAGCCUCAUCCGUUCAUACGAUUCAGCAUGAACAGGCUCGCGCCUUUCUUUGGAUGGAUUCCCCCGUCGUGGGAAGGCCAAAACCUCGGCCGUGACACGCCUCUUUUCCUGUAUCGGUGGUUGGCUAUCACGUUCGGCCCAUUCGUCGAUAAUCCAACAUAUACGUAUCGUGGAAGUCCGCCUGCUGAUAUGAAAGUGGAUGCCAAGGGUACUGUCAGCCAAUACUCCUUGUACUUGGAGAACAAGCGCCUUGAGGAGAAGAGGCAACUUGAGGAGAGCAAGCCCGGCGAAUCGAACAAGCCUGACGAGAAUUCGGAGGAGAAGAAGCCUCGUGAAGAGACCGUCUUGGCUGCGGAGGUGCUCUAG